AUAAAUAUCAAAAAUUAUAGCUUUUACAUUUUCAAAUUCUUGAAACCAAACUAAAGUUUUUUCUGUUAUAUUUAAGUAAGGCGCUGCUUGAUUAAGGAAACCAAAAGCCAGAAUUUAUUCAAGCAAGCAGUGUAUUUUACUUUGAAUUUGAUUUCCUUUAUCAUUAAAGAAAUUAUUUUUUCAUACCACUUUACAUAAAUGAAAAGUUUAAAAUUUAUUUUACUUUGGACUUAACCAAAACUUACCAUCUGAAUUUGGUGUCUGUGUAAUAUAUUUAAAUGAUUAGUAUUGAAAGUUUGAAUAAUUUUUUUUAUUUUAUAGGAUUAAGAAAGCACAAAGAUGAGAUUUACAAUGGCACAAAGACUCCAAAAAAUAGAAAUAUAUACAUCUGUGGUGUGUGCAAUGCAAAAUUUUUCUCUCUAUCAAAAUUAACCGCACACAAGUGCAUUGACGAGGAAGAAAAAGAUUUUAAGUGUAAAUUCUGCCAAAAGGAAUUCUUUCAGCGUCAAACUUUCAGAAUUCAUAUGAAAAUCCACGGUGGACAGAAACACGUUCGGUGCGACUUCUGUGCAAAGAGAAGAUUUACUACGAGAGCUCUUCCAAUACAAAUGAGAUAUAGUUCUGCUCAAAUACUAAGGAAAAAGCUUCUGAAAUUAUGUUUAAAAAGAUUGUGGAUUAAAGAUAUCAAUGCUUUGAACUCUCAGUUAGAAAUAAAUAAAGACUUGAAUAUUGAAGAAAACAAUUUUACUCCAGAAUUAAUUUUCCAUCAAGAAACUCAUUUGGAAGAUAGCUCAUUUCAAUGCGAAAUCUGCAAUAGGUAUUUUAGACAGAAAUCUCAUUUAUCACAACACAAACUAUAUCAUUCCAAUGAAAAAUUGCAUAAGUGUCAGUUUUGUGAAGAGAGUUUUACAAAAAGAAAAGAUUUAAUGCAACACGCGAACUGCCAUUCAGAAGAAAGAGAAUAUAAAUGCAAAAUUUGUGAAGAAGGUUUUAAGAAGAAAUCUCAUCUAUUAAUUCACAAACGCAGUCAUUUUGUUGGUAAACUUUACAAUUGUGACAUUUGUGAGAAGACAUUUAAGCAGUUGUCUAAUUUAAAUUGUCAUAAAAGAUGCCAUUCUGAAGAAAGACCCUUCGAAUGUGAAAUUUGUCAGCAGAGUUUUAAAAGUUCAUUAAAUUUGACAUAUCACAAACUAAGACAUUCUCUAGAAAGACCUUUCGAAUGUGAAUUUUGUGGUAAAAAAUUUAAAGGUAAGAUGCAUUUAAUGAGACAUAAAAGCAGUCACUCUGUUUUCAAACCUUUUCAAUGCAAUCUUUGUAACAAAAAGUUCAGCAGUGGGUCAAAUUUAGUAACGCAUCAAAUUGCUCAUUCGAACGAGAGGCCUUUUCAGUGUGAACUCUGUAAGAAGAGAUUCAAACAAAAAUUGCAUUUAAUACGACACCAGAAGAGCCAUUCUAAUGAAAAAUCUCGUCUUUGUAAGGUGUGUGGGAAAGAUAAAACAGAGUUUUCUGACCACGAAAAGUGCCAUUACGAAAACAGACGCUAUAAGUGCGAGAUCUGUGAAAAAAGAUUUAAGAAAUCGUCUCAUUUAAAAGAGCAUAGAAGGUGCCAUUCUAGCAAGAACCCUUAUCAAUGUGAAUUGUGCCACAGGACGUUCAGAAAGAAAUGCAAUUUAGUACGACACCGUCACUAUCAUUCUGACGAGAAGCCUUAUGAAUGUGAAUAUUGUGGUAAGCAUUUCAAGUGCAUUCCAAAUUUAAACAGUCAUAAAAAGUGUCACAUGAAAGAUAAAUGCUUUCACUGCACUAUAUGCAACAUGAAUUUUCAAAAUCUGGAAGACCUGAAGCAGCAUGUACAAAGUCAUUCUGUGGAAGAACCUUUAGAAGAGGAGAUUUAUGAGGAAAAUUUGAAAGAUGAUAUAGAAGAAAACCUACAGGAUGAGAUUUACCAGGAAAUUUCUAAAGACAGCUUCUCUGAAGACGGCGAUGAUCCGAAGACUGAAAGUGACGAUUUGAAGAUGCAAAUUGAAACUCCCAUGUUCCAAUGUAGUUACUGUAAGAAAAGUUUCGAAGAAGUAAUGCUAAUGCUCGAUCACGAAAGAUCCCAUUACGGAAAGCCAAUGUCCCCAACCGAGAAAAUUGUACAGAAAAUAAAUUCGAAGAAGCGUAAGAAAGGCCGUGCCGAAGUGAAACUCCACCAAUGCGAGCAUUGUGAUAAAAGUUUUAAAUUCAAAAUGCAUUUAGUAAGGCACAUGCGGUAUCAUUUAAGAGAGAAUCUCUUUCACUGUAUGCUCUGCAGGAAAACUUUUAAAUCCAUGUCAAGUCUUAUAGAUCAUCAGAGUUUUCAUAUAGGAUGAAACUUCUGAAGGUUCAAGAUCCAAAAAACUCUUGCAAUCAAAUCUGAUUUAUUAUUUUGUUGAAGAAUAAAAAGAUGAAAUAUAAAAAGGGAUACAUGCUAAAUUUUUAAAACGAUACUGCAUGAUUAUAAAGUCUGUGCUAUUUUGAACUUUAAUAACUUCAGAUGUAUAUGUGAUAAUUCCUAUAUUAGUGCCCUUUUGUUUUCAGAUGCCAUGUGCAGCAUUUUUUAUUUGGGAUUAUGAAUUAUAGGUAAUGGAUUUUAGCAGGCAACAUUGUGGGGACAUACAAAAGACUUUUUUUUUAAAUAUACCAAAACUCACACCACUAUUGCAUUUUUAAUUUUAGUACCAAAACUCCACCAUUUUAUAAAAGUGUCAAUGUCUUUUGCAUGUCCUGAAGUGUCACCAUGCCAGAUUAUUUUGCAUUUGGACUGCUAAAUGUUUAUUCUCCCUGUGCAGCAUGGAAUAGGGGUACUUUACAAUUCUUUUGGAGACGCAACCGGUGGUGAAUGUUAGUUUGAAAUAUUACAGAACUCUUUGUCCCCAAACUGUAACAGUGGACUUUCAAAUUAUCUUUGUACAUCUUGUCACUAUAUUUUUUUGAAUGAUCUUUUCAAACAAGUGAAUCAGAAACUGAUUCAAUGUACUAAAUCCACUGAUCGUUUCAGUAGGACCCUGAGAUUGUCUAUAGUAUUUUUUCAAAACAAUGUUGAUUUUAGUAAUAAAAUUUGGUUUACCUGAUCUUUA